AUGAGUGAUGAUGAAGAGGAACCGUCCGAAUCAAUAAUACCACAAUUUGCUUUGGAUGUGGCAAUGACCGGCAAGGAACUGCCAAAAAUCGUGAAAAGGAAACAGAACGAUGUCGAUUCUAAUGUGGAGAUUGAAGAAUCUCCGGACGAAGAAGAAGAAAAGAAGGCUCAUUCCAGGCAAAAGUGGGCAUCUUGUUGUUACACAAUAGUAGUGGUGAAACUUGCGCAGGGGCUGCGUACAACGAUUGCCCUUCUCGUUCAAUCGCCCAGCCAUCUUUCCAAUGUAAGGACGAUAGAAAAGGAAAAGCUGAUACAUGCGAAGAAGGCAGCGGAGACACCUAGACGAACGAAACAAAAAAGAAGCGCCACUACAGAGCAAGAAAUUGAUUUAGUGGCUUUGGAUGACCAAACUAGGAAUCCAGAAGUGGAGAAGCUGGCAUCACUGAAAAAGGCUAUGGAGACUCCCAGAAGAACAAAGCAGAAAAGAAGCACCACCCCAGAACAGAAGAUUGAUGCUAUCAUUUUGGAUGAAGAAGCUGCUCCUGAUGAAGAACACGAAGGGGACUUAGUUAUGGUUACGCCUGUAGAAGAGGUGGCGAGGGAUCUAGAAGUGGUAUUGGAAGUUCCCAAAACAUCCCGGUCAAAAAAGCGAUUGAGAAACACGACACCGCGGAUUAUUCAGAAAGUUCGCUCCUCCAUGAGUGUGGACGAUUACCAAGAUAGCGAUUAUAACAGAACGGCGUAUAGCACGCCACGAAGAAAGGUUUCACGCCAUCGAUCUUAUUCCCCUUUGAGCUUCAAAUUUGAUGAGGAGGAUGGCGGCGUCUCCACAGCGCCUGUUAUUCGUCGAAGAAGACCCAGUGGUGAAACGAGUAUUUUUGAUCUGAAAGUGGCUGCCGAGGACCAGGAUCUAAUCCACAAUAUAAGCCAUCCAUCGACAUCUGGUUCAGUAGCAACUGCUGGCUUGGGCAAUGAAAGUGGUACUGAGACUGCUAUGAUUGUUCUGGAUGAUGACGACAGUGACAGGGGCAAUGAACCUGGUGGUACAACACCUCACCCCUUCGCGUCUAAAGCAGUUUCAAUGCUGGAAGAUCUUGGCAUUGUGCAAGCAACUCAACCUAGGGAUUCUAAUGGUUCUCGGCUCAUCACUGUUGACACUGGUUUUGCAAGUAGUUCAGUGGCUACAGCUUGUGAAGAAAGCACGCAGAGUUCAAAGAGUGUGGGGUUUUCCUCUCAAGGUAGCAACACGAGGGACCGAUGUAACACAGAAGGCGAACAUGACCACAGGACUCCCUCGCCGACGAGCACGGAUGAUGAAAUUGUCGUUCUGGGAACGAUAGAAAGGACACCCACGAAAUCAGCGUCUCUGACGGCAAACCUACUGUAUUCUCCUCGCAAAAUGGCACUGAGUAACGAACAGCGGCGUAGAACUAUCCUCGCCAAAAGCAAAAAUAAUUACGAUAUUUUUCCUGAUCUAGACAGGCUGGUACCCGGUGUCGAUUAUUGUGCUUUCCAAGUCAGGUCCUUAGGAGAGGACAAGCCGCCACUGCCCAUGCCAGGGCAGUGUAGCGAUACGAGCCUGAGCUUUGACAAUCCAAUGGGAUUUGUUCGAUUACCAUGGUCCACUGCCAACAUUAACAACGGAUUCCAUCAGGAUGUCAUCAUAGACAGAGCGCUUCGUGCACUCGUUAAUGACGGAGCGCACUGCAUUGAAGCUGUCAUUGUCACGCUGAAAGAAUGUGCGCCCUGGAUCAAGUCGUUUGAUGGCCUGCUUGGAUUCAUGGAAGGAUUAUCUUCAACGGAGGAACGAAAUGCUCUCUCGAUCCGGUGCCACUGCUACGAGCUAAUCGGAGCAAUUCUGUCACGCUCAGUCAAGAACAGUGCGCAUGCUUAUUGGCACAUGCGUUCUUUUUGCACAUAUCGAAGGGAGCGCCACAGCUUUAAUCGUAUAAAUAUGGCCAGUAAAAAUGGUGAACAUUUCAAUGUUUUCAGCCUUUUUGAUGGUCGAAACCGUUUAUCUCAUGUCAAGUUGCGUUUUAUUUUGCACUAUUUCACAAUGGUGCUCAAAAAGAUGCCUACUGGUUGCGUGUCAUUCCGACGUGAAGUCCUUCCCAGAGAAGCACUCCCAGAUUGGGAAAAUGAGGAAGCUUUGAUGCCUCUAGUAGCUGUAGCUAGUGAUGGUUCUAUAGAGGAUUCGCCUGGAUGUUUGCAAGUAGAUUUUGCUAAUGAGUACAUCGGUGGCGGAGUGCUCAAUUCAGGAGCAGUACAGGAAGAAAUUCGGUUCCUCAUUUGCCCAGAGAUGAUGGUUUCAUGUUUGUUGUGUGAGAAAAUGGGCCCCCAAGAAGUAAUCCAUAUCAUCGGUGCACAACGUUACAGUAGCUAUUUUGGUUACGCUGGCUCACUAGAAUGGACUCCUUACGAAGACUUUGGUUCUGAGCCAAGGGACGAAUUCUGUCGCAUAAAAUGUGAGCUGGUAGCAAUGGACGCGAAACUGUUCAAGCCCAAUUUCGCAAAUGCUCAGUAUAGAAAGGAGAAUAUUGAUCGUGAGCUUAAUAAGGCAUACAUAGGCUUUAUGCCAAAGCAACGAGACGCUUGUCCUGUGGCGACCGGAAACUGGGGCUGUGGUGCUUUUGGCGGUAACAAGGAACUUAAAAGUCUGAUCCAAAUGUUGGCAGCGGCCCGUGCUGGUCGUGAUAUGAUUUACUACACCUUUGCAAACAAGCGGUUCGAAAUCAGUAUGAAUGAACUGUACGAGAAGUUGCUGCACAAAAAAGCAACCAUUGGUGAGAAUUUUUUCAUCGGCGAAGUUGAAAUUGUGCAGUCGAGAACCGUUGCGUCUGCGAUGCAGAUAUAA